CCCGUCUUUAAUAACAAUUUGUUAAAUAUAAAUAUCUGAUGUUUUGUGGGGAUUCUUGUGGUAGGACAUCUCGGAAGAUCUGUGAGCGAGAAAGGAGAUUUUUUUUCCUAAGAGCUGCUGAAGAGAGAGACAUAAUUACUGCACGAUCAGUAAACCUGACAAGAUAAAAAGAUGGACGCUCUGUUUGGGCAACGCAAAAUUAAGCUGUCAGCCCUGUCUGACUUCUCACAAUUAAAUAAGACGACUCGGACCCAUCUGAAGAAUGUAUACAGCUGCUUGGCUAUCUGUAUGUUGGCAGCAGCCGUUGGUGCCUACGUUCAUCUGUUCACAGGCAUUCUAGAGGCUGGUUUUCUGACCUCCAUUGCAGGCCUUGGCCUCUUGAUCUGGCUUGGAGUUACCAAAGACAAUGGCUCCAACCAAGGCAAACGCCUGGGCCUCCUUUCUGGGUUUGCUUUCUUCACAGGUCUGAGUCUUGGUCCACUGAUGUACGUUGUUGCCAAGAUUGAUAUACAGAUUAUCCCAACAGCAUUUUUGGCAACGUGUGUCAUCUUUGGCUGCUUCACUUUUGCUGCUCUGUGGUCCGACCGCCGCAGCUUUCUGUUUCUCGGCGGUACCCUGUUUUCUGGCCUCUCCAUCUUGAUGAUCAUGUCCCUGCUUAAUAUCUUUAUUGGUUCAACUCUCAUCUUCAGAGCUGAGAUGUACCUGUGCCUGGCUGUAUUCAUGGGAUUUGUGUUGUUUGACACCCAGCUCAUCGUUGAGAAAUGCAACAACGGAGACAAGGACUACAUCUGGCACAGUGUAGACCUAUUUUUGGAUUUCAUCAAUAUUUUCCGUCAGCUGAUGAUCCUUUUGGCAAUGAACAAUGAUAAGAAAGAGAAACGUAGAAAGUAAAGUGCCUGACAACCAGAAAUACAGCAGAUGAGUGGCUCAUCAGCCCACUUUGCUGACAGAAGAGAAUACUUUCUAUAUGUUUUUUGAAUCUUCUAUUUUGUGUUUAGUUCACCCUCUCUAUAAUUAUUAACCAGACUGAUUUCAAAAUACAUUGCAAGUGUUAUAGUAGGCUGUUCAUACUUUGCAAAUUUCAUUACGAGGACUCGGAGGUGCUUUGCUAAGUUUCUUUUUUGCUUGUUGGAAACAUUUUCUUCUAAGCUGUGGUUUCUUAAGCAGGAUUUAAAACUUUGCCUGGUGGAAAUAUGGUAUGGAAAGGGUUGCGGUAGCACCAUGUAAUGACUCGGUUUCAACUCAACGUUUCGAUCAGUAUGCUUUUAUUGUCUUCUGGAUUUCUUGUAUCUUGGUGUUCUGCAGUGCCAAGUUUAGUGUUUUCUGUUUUUGUUGAUGUUUGUUGAGCACCCCCAUUCAACCCAAUCCCCAACCACUGAUGUAAUUUAGAGUAUAUAAUUAUAUGUAAUUGUAUUAUUUUACGGUUGUCUUCAUUAUCCCAAAACAUUUUAUGGCAUGUUAUGGCUGGUUAGUCUAAUUGACUGGACUCAAGUUCUGGUGGCAAGGCCAUUGAUACAGGUUUUAAUCCUGGUCAUGUCGAUUGUGUCCAUGAACAAGACAUGUGACUACAAUCGCUUCUCUUCAAACACAGGGUCCCAGUGGGGGCAGAGAUGAUUGUAACUAGCUUGACUUUUGCAUACUUGGCAGCACAGGCUGCAUACUCCUCAGUUUAAUACACCGAUUCAUUAGGCUCCGUCCACGGAGCACGUGUGAGCAAGAACACGUGGGCUUCUUUAAUGCCAUUCUGCACAACUCUGCCGCGCACGCCAAGCAUACGCGCAAGGAUAUCGGACCUUAAUUUGUCAGACUUUUUGUUGCGCAAUGGGUUGUGAUUAGUCAAUACUUAAUGGAGUGGGGCUUAAUGAAUAGGUCUAUUCAAUUCAAUUAGGGAGCUUACAUAGUUUCAGGAAUGAAAUUUUAAUAGUACCCAAUGACCAGUCUUAUAAUGUUUUUGCAUCCCGAGUGCCACCUGGCACUAUACGAACUAAUCAAAUCAGGAAGGGAAAGUUUGUAUAAUGGUUUUUGGAUGAAGGCAACCUAAACUUCAGUUGAUGGUAGCUCUAUUUGAUUAAUAUUAUGGCGCCUGUUAGAUGGUGGUUACAUCUUUAAGACAUUAAUAGUGUAUACUCAAUAUGUCAAGCUGUAAACGUUAAACGCUUUUAAACAGGGGUGAGAUGUUUCCAACUUUUAUCCGAGUUUAGGCUUUUUAGAUGUUUGCUUUAUGGGAACAAAAAAAACCAGUAAUUUUCUGCAGAUGUAACAGAAUUCUGCUCUUAAAUCUAUUACAAUUUCCGUAGUUGUUGGGAUUCUGUUCUCAGAAGCUCCUUGAAAUCAUAACCGAAGGGGUUACCAAAAAGUUAGAAAUGCCAUCAUUACAACAUGCUUCAUAGAAUUUGGACCCUAGUUUCAGAUCUAUUUAAUCAGCAAUGACUCUCAACCCUGUUUAAAAAAAAUGGUCUGUUCCAGAGUUAGAAACUAACUAUAUGUUAAUGUACAUUUUGCUUAGUAGUUGUUAUUUCAAGUUUUGUAGCAAGUAUACAGAACUAAAUUUAUAUUAACUGAACAUAAUAACAAGAAUAAAACUACUAUUUAAUUUCAGCCAUACAGGAAUGUGAAGAAUAAUACUGCUUGACUAUGAACUAUACUUACAGACAAAUGAUUGUAUUUGUAAUAAAAAUCAAAAACUUGAACGCAAACCAAGGAAAUGGCACAAUUAGAUAAAAACUAACAGCUAUUUUUGCCCAAAGAUCAGCUGAACUGAACACUAUCAUUAUCACUAUGUUUUGUUUGUUACUUUGUGGCAAAAACUGUCAAAUCUUUUUUAAAUUGAAAUUUGACAAAUUAAAGAAAAAAGAAAAAAUGAUUGCUGCAUUUUAGUUUAAAUAUCUUACCUACUGACUGAGUUUUCAAGUAAAAAAGAAUGACUAAUGAUUGAUAUACAGAUUGGGGCCUACACAGAACAUUAUUUUAUGGUUUAAAUAAAUUUGUUUUCAUAAAAGUUGUUUUGAAUGCAAAUUUCACAUAAUCACCUAAAGAUGUAUUGAUAUGUUGCUUUACGGAGUGUACUAAAAAUGGUUUGAAAUCUAA